AUGAUGAAUUCCGCGAUCAUCCGAAUUACUUCCAUCCAGAACUAUCAUGAUAAAACCGCCUCGACAAUAGUUGGUGAUGUCGGAGGAAAAAUCGCCAUAAUUGUCGACGAUGUCAUUGACGAAGCACAAACAUAUAAAAUUCAUAUCACUGUUACUCAUGGACUUCUUUCCGCAGAUGCCCCGGCAAUCCUUGAAAAAAGAAUUGUUAGUCGAGUUCUACCACAUGAAACACGGAAACUACGAUGCCAUAAAACUGAAACUAUAGUUAUUUCACUACUACGCUGUGAUGCAAUUCGACAAAUUUACAGUGAGAGAGCACGGCACAGUUUUUCCAAGCGAUGCCCUCAGUAUUUUGAUAAUUUCAAAUUGAAUCAAUGA